AUGAAGACAUCCAUCCUCUCCGCUCUGGUCGCUGCGUCAGCCUAUACCUCCCCUCUGCUUGCGAACAGGCAGUCUUGCCCGGCUUCCGGCAUCACUGCUGCCUGGUCGACCGAAGUAUUGAACAAGUUCAAAUCAGCUCAAGUAGUCCCAGAUUCCGUGCCUAGAUUCACACCCACAACCGAUCUGCGCGUCAAAUACGGCAACAUCAACGAGAACCUCGGAAACUCAUUCACCGUCAUUUAUAAGCCAGCACCCGCCCCAGACGCCACCACACCACCCACCCAAAACUCCCAGAAACACUCUAAGAACCCAUCUUCUCCUUCGACCCAGAAGCCGACACCGACCCGGCGGCCACAAACCGUCGUGCAUCGCCGCGCAGACGCCCAAGACCCGCCCAACUACACGUCGCGGCCGCUCGAACUGGUCGAGGAUGUUGUCCGCGCGCCGUUCGAUCUGCAAAAGUACGUCACUGAGGGCGGGUUGGUGCUCGUCGGGGGCAAUUUCAUGAGGGAGGGGCUGAUGAAGACGCUUUGUGCGGUGGUGCCUGGGUGCUCGGCGACGGGCCAGGGAUACACGGGGCCUAGGGAUGGGAAGGCAUCGCCGGAUAUCAGGAAGUAUGUUGAGCAGUGA